GUGCAGGAGGAGGGAGGAGAGUGAAUAAAUGGAGGGAGCUAUAGAGCGACACUGACAGCAGAUCCAGAUCAGGAAGGAGGAUGAGUAGGACUCUGCUGUGGCUGACGGCCUCUCUGGCCUUUGCUUCUCUCACUUUUCUGGCUGAUGGAGCUCCACUGCAGGUGAUGUCUGCCCCCAACUUGUUGCGGGUAGGAACAGAAGAAAACAUCUUUGUGGAGUGUCAAGACUGUACAGUGACAAGUGACAUCCCAGUCACCAUCAAAGUGAUGAACCACCCAACCAAAUCCACACAGCUGGCAAGCACAUCUGUGACUCUCACAAGUGCAAGAAACUUCCAGGAGCUUGGAAAAAUUACGAUUCCUGCCAGUGACUUCAAUAGGGACCCCAACAUGAGGCAGUAUGUGUACCUGCUAGCUGAGUUCCCUGACCGAGUGCUGGAGAAGGUUGUCUUGGUGUCCUUCCAGUCUGGGUACAUCUUCAUUCAGACUGACAAGCCCCUCUACACCCCCAACAGCAGAGUUCAUUACAGGAUGUUUGGAGUGACGCCCCACAUGGAGCCUGUUGAGAGGGAUGACAGAACCAGAACUGAUGCUAUUAUUGUCACUGAGAUUGUGACUCCUGAAGGCAUCAUUUUACCCCUUAGUACAGUAUCUCUUAAGUCAGGGAUCCACUCUGGAAUUUACCAACUUACAGAAAUUGUCAGUCCUGGACUGUGGAAAGUAGUGGCAAAGUUCCACAGCAACCCACAGCAGAGCUACUCUGCAGAGUUUGAGGUCAAAGAAUACGUGCUGCCUAGUUUUGAGGUGAAACUGACCCCUGUGAGCCGUUUCUUCUACGUGGACAGCGAAGAGCUCACCAUCAACAUCAAAGCUACGUAUCUGUUUGGUGAAGAGGUGAAUGGAAUGGCCUAUGUGGUUUUUGGGGUUAUACAACAAGAUCAAAAAAAGAGCUUUCCAAGUUCUCUUCAAAGAGUGCAGAUUGAGGGAGGUUCUGGAGUGGUCAAACUGAAGAGACAUCAUAUUAAUGAGACCUUCAGGAACAUCCUUGAUUUGGUGGGGAGUCCGAUAUUUGUAGCUGUUAGUGUCCUGACAGAGAGCGGUAGUGAAAUGGUGGAGGCUGAGUUGAGAAAUAUCCAGAUUGUCACGUCACCGUACACCAUCCACUUCAAGAAAACACCCAAAUAUUACAAACCAGGAAUGUCCUUUGAUGUUGCGGUUGAGGUUGUGAAUCCCGAUGAGACUCCUGCAGAAGGUGUCACAGUGGAGGUUAAUCCAGGCCAGGUGACGGGCCGCACUGCAGCCAAUGGCAUGGCAAGGCUUACCAUCAAUAUAGUGGAUGUCAGAGGACCACUGACUAUUACAGCAAAGACCACUGAUCCUCUUAUUUCAAGUGAAAGACAAGCUUCAGCCUCCAUGGUGGCUCUCCCACAUACCACUAAAAGUAAUAAUUACAUCCACAUAGGUGUGGAUACAGCUGAAGUAACAUUAGGGGAAAACCUAAAAAUCAACUUCAUCCUUAACAGGCAUGCAGAAAAUGACAUCACAUACCUGAUCCUGAGCAGAGGUCAGCUGGUGAAAAAUUACCGCUACAAGACAAGAGGCCAAGUACUGAUAUCCCAGAUAGUCACCAUAACCAAAGAAAUGCUGCCAUCAUUCCGCAUCGUAGCCUACUACCAUACAAAUGACAAUGAAGUGGUAGCAGACUCUGUUUGGGUGGAUGUCAAGGACUCCUGCAUGGGAUCGCUGAAGCUGCAAUCAACCAGGAAUGUUCCAUCAUAUGAGCCUCGCAAGAUGUUUGGUCUGAAAGUCACUGGAGACCCAGGAGCCACAGUGGGACUGGUGGCAGUUGACAAAGGCGUCUACGUCCUAAACAACAAGCACCGCCUGACGCAGAAAAAGGUGUGGGACAUUGUAGAGAAGUACGACACAGGCUGCACACCGGGUGGAGGGAAGGACAGUAUGAAUGUGUUCUACGAUGCUGGGCUGUUGUUCCAGUCCAGCACGGCUUCUGGGACUCCCUACAGACAAGAACUGAAGUGCCCAGCCCCCAGCAGGAGGAAACGAACCACUACUCUCAUGGAUGUCACCACCACCUUAGUGAGUCAAUAUAAAAACCAACUGCAACGUGACUGUUGUUUGGAUGGCAUUAGGGACAUUCCUGUUUCAUACACAUGUGAGAGACGUAGCGAGUACAUCAUGGAUGGUGCAGCCUGCGUCGAGGCCUUCCUGCACUGCUGCAAGGAGAUGGAAAGCCAGCGAGCUGACAGGAAGGAGGAUAACCUGAUACUGGCUCGCAGUGAAAAGGAUGACAAAAGUUACAGCGAUGACAUUACUUCUCGCACCCAGUUCCCUGAAAGUUGGCUGUGGUCAGAUAUCAAACUUCCUACUGUUUGUCCUGAUUCAGAACCUAACUGUGACACCACAUCAGUGGUGAAACAUGUUCCUUUGCAAGACUCAAUCACAACCUGGCAGUUCACUGGAAUUAGUCUGUCAAGAACCUACGGAAUCUGUGUGGCCGAACCAUUAGAAGUAAUUGUCAAGAAGGAAUUCUUCAUUGAUCUCAGACUGCCCUACUCUGCUGUCCGAGGAGAGCAGUUAGAAAUUAAAGCAAUCCUCCACAACUACAGCCCUGAUCCUGCUACCGUGAGAGUGGACCUUAUUGAGGACACAAAUGUGUGCAGUUCUGCCUCUAAGCGUGGGAGAUAUCGUCAGGAAGUCAAAAUUGGGGCUGAGACUACACGAUCGGUACCCUUUGUCAUUAUCCCCAUGAAGGAAGGACAAUAUCCCAUUGAGGUCAAAGCAGCUGUCAAAGAUUCAUCGCUCAAUGAUGGAAUCAUGAAGAUGCUGCGGGUGGUGCCUGCAGGUGUGCUGGUUAAAUCUCCUCAGAUAGUAACUCUAGACCCGAGUAAUAAAGGUGUAGGUGGUAAACAAGAAGAAAUUAUCAACAGUGGAAUUCCUAAGAAAGACAUGGCUCCAAAUACACCCACUAGCACACAGAUCUCUGUGACAGGAAGAGAACAAGUAUCUGCACUGGUGGAGAAUGCCAUUAGUGGAAACUCAAUGGGUACUCUGAUCAAACAACCUUGGGGCUGUGGAGAACAGAACAUGAUGCGCAUGACCCUGCCUGUCAUUGCAGCCAUAUAUUUGGAUAAAACCAACCAGUGGGAAACUGUAGGAUUCGAGAAACGCAGUGAAGCCCUCCAACACAUCACGACCGGCUACCAGAACGAGCUUGCCUUCCGUAAAACUGAUGGAUCUUUUGCUGUGUAUCCCCAUAGCCAAAGUAGCACCUGGCUGACAGCCUAUGUUGCCAAGGUGUUUGCCAUGUCCAGCAGUCUGGUGGCAGUGGAAAGCAACGUCAUCUGUGGAGCCAUCAAGUUUCUGAUUCUCAAUGCACAGCGACCAGACGGCAUGUUUAGAGAAGUUGGACGAGUGUACAGCAGUGCAUUGGGUGGUGAUGUACGUGGCACAGAUUCAGACGCCUCCAUGACAGCCUUCUGUCUCAUUGCCAUGCAGGAGUCACGCACACUAUGUACUGGCACUGUUAGUAGUAUGCAAAGCAGCAUAGACAAAGCAGUGGUCUACCUGGAGAAGCGUCUGCCUCAGCUCACCUACUCAUAUGCUGUUGCCAUGACCUCAUAUGCCCUGGCCAAUGAAAACAAAUUGAACCGGGAGAUCCUCUACAACUUCAUUUCCCCAGAGUUGUCCCACUGGCCAGUUCCUACGGGACAUGUUUAUACAUUGGAGGCCACAGCUUACGCUCUUCUUGCUCUGGUCAAGGCAAAGUUAUUUGAAGAUGCCAGACCUGUUGUCAGAUGGUUCACCCAGCAGCAGAAGAUUGGCGGAGGUUAUGGAUCAACUCAGGCUACCAUAAUGGUGUACCAGGCUGUAGCUGAGUACUGGGCCACUGCUAAAGAACCAGAAUAUGAUCUGAAUGUGGACAUUUUGUUACCUGGCAGGUCAAAACCUGACAGGUACAACUUUAACAGGGAAAACCACUAUGCCACAAGAACAUCUAAACUCAAAGAUAUAAAUCAGAAUGUGAAAGUGACUGCCACAGGCACUGGAGAAGCAACACUGACAAUGGUGUCAUUGUAUUACGCUCUGCCCAAAGAAAAGGAAAGUGACUGUCAGAAUUUCAACUUGUCAGUGCAGCUCCUCCCAGAGAAACCCGAAGACAAUGAGAUGAUAUACAGGCUGAAAAUAGAGGUUUUAUAUAAGGACAAGGACCGUGAUGCAGCUAUGUCAAUUUUGGAUAUUGGCUUGUUAACUGGAUUCACAGUGAACACAAAUGACCUGGACUUAUUGUCCAAAGGACGAGCCCGAGUGAUUUCAAAAUAUGAGAUGAACACAGUCCUGUCAGAGAGAGGCUCCCUCAUCAUCUACCUGGAUAAGGUUUCUCACACACGACCAGAAGAAAUCACAUUUAGGGUCCAUCAGAAACUGAAAGUGGGCGUCUUACAACCAGCUGCUGUGUCAGUCUAUGAAUACUAUGACCAAACACAUUGUGUGAAAUUCUACCAUCCAGAGAGGAGAGCUGGACAACUACUGAGACUCUGUAGGGAUGAUGAAUGCACAUGUGCUGAAGAGAAUUGCAGUAUGCAGAAGAACGGCAAAAUCAGCAAUGAUGAGCGCACAGCUAAGUCGUGUGAGACGACUCCAACCAGCAAAAUAGAUUUUGUGUACAAAGUGAGAGUGGAACAAUUUAUAGACAGUUUGUCCACUGACAUUUACAACAUGCGGGUACUGGAAGCCAUCAAGGAAGGAAGUAGUGAUGUGGGUGCACGUGGUCAACUGCGAGCAUUCCUCAGUUAUCCACACUGCAGAGAGUCUAUAGAUCUGAGAGAAGGCAAAACCUACCUUAUCAUGGGGACGUCCAAAGAUAUUCACAGAGAUGAACAACAUCAGUCGUAUCAGUAUGUACUCGGUGAGAGAAGCUGGAUCGAGUACUGGCCCACAGAAGCAGAGUGUCAGUCUGAGGAACACAGACCUACCUGUUUGGGCAUGGAGGAGCUGGAACAGCAGUAUGCACUCUUUGGAUGUCAGCAGUAAUGAAACUCAAAGAAAUCAAAUGUUGUCUUUUUUUCCCCCCAAAUUAUUAUUUUUUUGUUUGCAUUAUUCUUAUGUAAAACUUUCAUUGCUCUGAAAUGGUUACAAGUUACAGUGUUGUACUGCACUGAUUAAAACAUCAUGUCUCACUGUCUUUGUCUUAUAUACAAAUAAACUUUUGGUUAUGUUGACUACUGUAUAAUCAUCCUUGAUAAGUUCAGCUAGAAAUUGAAGUUUAAUUAUAAUAUUUGAAUAUUUGAUCGUGUUGAGGUCAUUGGAGUGAUGCAUGCAAAGUGUAAAACAAAUCUUCAUUUGCAUAUAACAAAAGGAAAUUAAAAAAGCUGUGGAAUAAAUGUGAAAUUUUCAAAUAAAAGUCUCCUGAUAUAAAUAAAA